UCACAAGUUGUACAAGGUUCGAGUGGCCAGUCGCGGGUUGUGUGCCAGUGUGUACACACGCACCAGCCUCCUAAAGGUUCCUCACGAGUGCACUCACGCCCGAUUCGCGCGUCUAUACGUGAUUUAAUUAACCUAAGGAUUUUCAUAGACACGAAGGUGGCGUGAGGGCACGCUUCCAAGAUGGCGGCGACCAAGUACUCGCACCCCUUCAUGCAGGGGCUGAAGUCGCUGCCCCAGGAGUAUGAGGAGGAGAUACAGCAGAUCAGAGAGUGGGUGAAGAGCCAGCCGCAUCUGCCAUACAUCUCGGACGAGUACAUCGUGCUGUUCCUGCACUCCAACUACUACAAGGUGAAGGAGAGCAAGGAGACCAUCGAGUGCUACUUCACGCACCGCACCAACACGCCCGACCUCUUCAGCAACCGCGACCCGCUCUCGCCUAGGAACCAACAGAUAUUGGACAUUGCCCACAUGAUCGGUCUCCCGAACAAGACAUCCGAGGGCUACCACGUGCUGCUCUACCGGCUGUCGGACUUCGACUAUAGCAAGCUGAACUUCGCGGACGCCGUGCGGGUGUUCUGCAUGUUCAAUGACGUGAAGCUCUCCGAAGACCGGCUGUCGGACGGGUACAUCGUCAUCUUCGACAUGAAGGGCUGCAGUCUCGGCCACCUCACCAGGGUCACGCUGCCGGCGCUGCGGGCGUUCAUGGUUUACAUUCAGACCGCGCACCCGUGUCGUCUGAAAAAGAUCCACGUGGUGCAUACAGUCUCGUUCAUCAACCAGGUGAUGUGUCUGGUGAAGCCUCUCAUCCACUCCAACCUGCUCAACCUGCUCAACUUCUGCUCCGAGGGCCCCGCCGCCGUCGUCGAUAAGGAACUCCUCCCGGAAGACUACGGCGGCCCCCUCCCCCCCGUCAAAGACUUCCACGCCGAACAACGCAAGAACAUGGAGGAAACCUACAGAGACUGGCUUAUAGAAACGGAGAUGUUCAAGGUUGAUGAGAAGAAGAGGAUCAAGAAGCCCAGUAAAGGCUUGUUCGCUAGCUUGACCAGCAGUUUCAAAAGUUUAGACAUCGACUGAUGCUGCGUACGUGAUUUUAGGGACCUGAACUCUUGUAACUGUUAAAUUCUUUAUGGUGCUGACUUGCCUUUUUCACUCGUUUGGUCGUCCGGUACACUGUCUUCUCAAAUUAUUUACAAUUACAUUACAAACAUUAACAUUCAAAAUGCUUAUCAGAUCUCUCAUAGAUUUUUAUUCACCUUUCUUUAUCAAUAGGCCAAGAAAAUGUUAGCAGUUAAUUUACAUAUCUUCCUGUCAAAAUUUAGAAACAUUGUUAUUUUGAACUAAACAGAAAACUAAAUCAGUUUCUUAAUCUUCGUUAAACCAUACUAAAUGUAUGAAAAGUUUAAUAGAGUUGAGACCGCCUACCGACCGAGUAUCUGAAUUAGUUUUAUUUGGGCCAUUAUUUUGUUUUCAUAAGUCCGUGACCGGAAUUGGCACCCCUCUCCGAAUUACGUAACAGGGUUUUAUCGUGUUGUUUAUUAGUUGUAGGUAAAUUGCCAAAAUACGUAGGAUUUUCCCUUUUAUCGAGCUUGGACUAUUGCUCAAUAUCUUACUCUUAAUAAAUCUAUUUUUAUAGAAACUCUAUUAGAUCUUUUAAAUGUUGGAGUUAUGCUUUAACAGUCUUAUUUUAUGAGAUAAUUAAAACGGUACAUGUGAACCCUAUAAAUUAAAACUUGUUGAACUGAGGUCCUUAUAAGUAAUUAGUUUUCAAAUCUUUAUAUGAAAAUAUAUCUGCAUGUCAUUUGUUAAUCCUCUGGAAGGAUUUUGCUUUAUAAUGUAUCUCAUAAGGCCCUCAUUUCAUAGGUUUGUCUGAAUUGUGUUGUUGACAAAUAUCAAUUUUAUCUUGAAUAUAUUGGUUAGCAAAUUCAGGGUACCUAUAUUAAAAAAUGAUAACAUUUUGGCGUCCUGUUUAAAAGUUACCAUACCUAAUUUUAUUAAAUAUAAAUCCUAUAAUCAUUGUUGUACAUAUCAUUAUAGUGUAGAUGUAUUCUGUUAAGCUAAGUUUUAUACUACGCUUAUAUAUUAUAAAUAAAUUUCACUAUAAUUUUUCCAGAUGAAGGGAUUUUACGUUUUGUAAGUAAUCUCUUCAGAAUGUACUUGAGCUUUUAAACUCAUUGAUAAUUUUGUAGUUGUUUGAAAUGAAUUAUUGUUUAAAAUUACAUCAUAGUCAACUCCUAAAGUGCCUGAUAUUCUACGCGGAAUAUACCUAUGAAAUCAAAAUCAUUCUUUUAAAAAUCACACUGUCUCGCUAAACACCGCGUAGGCACUUAAUACUUAUAUAACCUGUUUAAGUUAUUAUAUUCAAAUGUUGCCAAUUAUAAAGUUUAACGUUUUAAGAAAAUUUAAAUUUUUAGAAAAAAUAUAUCAAUGUUAUGAACAAACCAAAUCAUCGUUAAAUACAUACAUGUAUUUGUAAAUAAAAUAAUAGUCAAUAAAUGUGUUUUGAUCCUGUA